UAAGUGCUCGUAAAAGCUGACUUGGCCAGUGUGUAGCACAAGUUCAACCCCCUGGACGACUCCCCGCGUUUCUCGUCCGUGCCGUAGCACUUUAGGCUACUUUCCGAACAAGAAAAAACUUCCUUGUGUACUGUAUACUUGGUGACCCAGUUAUCUUAAAUCGCUGACGAAAAGGAGCGGCACAGAAAGUGACAGAACACCCGAAGUGUUCUGCGUUCCUCUGCAGAGCAGUACCGGUAGGCUAUACCUAUUCAACUUGCCGUCAAGAUGGGUACCUGCAUACCGCAACGAAGUAAACAAAUCUGGAUGUAUUUUCUGGUAUUAUUUAUUGCGACGGAUGUUUGGGGUUCCAACAUCUGCACGACCAGGGGCGCCAGCACCUGUAAGCAGUGUCUGGCCGUGCACCCCAGCUGCGCGUGGUGCUUCCAGGAGAGUUUCGGGAAGGGCUUGUCCCGCUGCGACCUGAAGCAGAACCUGCUGUCGGCGGGGUGCCCGUCGGCGUCGCUGGAGUUCCCCCAGAGCCGCCUGGACGUGAUGGAGGACCGGCCCCUCAGCGACAAGGCCUCGGGUUCGACCACCGACGUCACGCAGAUCCAGCCCCAGAGGCUGCACGUCACCCUCCGACCAGAUGAUUCCAAGCGCUUCACGGUCAAGGUGCGCCAGGUGGACGACUACCCCGUGGACCUGUACUACCUGAUGGACCUGUCCUACUCCAUGAAGGACGACCUGAUCCGCCUGCGCACCCUGGGCAACGACCUGGCGGACAAAAUGGGCAAAAUGACCAGCAACCUGCGCAUGGGCUUCGGGGCCUUCGUGGACAAGCCCCUGUCCCCCUACAUGUACAUCUCCCCCAAAGAGGCCGUGGCCAACCCCUGCUACGGGAUCCAGACUACCUGCCUGCCCCAGUUCGGGUAUAAGCACGUGCUGUCCCUGACGGAGGAGGUGUCCCGCUUUACGGAGGAGGUGAAGAAGCAGCGCGUGUCACGGAACAGGGACGCCCCCGAGGGAGGUUUCGACGCCAUUAUCCAGGCUGCUGUCUGCAAGGAGAAGAUCGGUUGGCGACAGGGAGCCUCUCACCUGCUGGUGUUCACCACUGACGCUAAAACGCACGUGGCCCUGGACGGGCGCCUGGCAGGCAUCGUGCAGCCCAACGACGGGAAGUGCCAUGUGGGCACAGACAACAACUACGACAUGUCCGCUAUCUUGGAUUACCCUUCACUGGCCCUGAUAACAGAGAAGAUGUCCGAGAAUAACAUCAAUCUGAUCUUUGCGGUGACCAAUCCUGUGGUGCCCCUCUAUCAGAACUACAGCGAGCUGAUUCCAGGAACCACGGUGGGGAUGCUGACGGACGACUCUGGGAACGUGAUCCAGCUCAUCGUGGACGCCUAUGCAAAAAUCCGCUCCAAGGUGGAGCUGGAGCUGUUGGGAGUGCCGGAAGAGCUGUCCCUGUCCUUCAACGCCACCUGCCUCAACGGAGAGGUCAUCCAGGGGCUCCGGUCCUGCUCUGGCCUCAAGAUCGGAGACACCGUCUCGUUCAGCGUGGAGGCGCGGGCCCGGGGCUGCCCCGCCGAGAAGCGCAAGACCUUCACCCUCAAGCCCGUGGGCUUCAAGGACGCCCUGGAGAUCACGGUGGACUUCGAGUGCGAGUGCGGCUGCCAGGCCCAGGCCCGGCCGGACAGCCCCGAGUGCAACCACGGCAACGGCACCUACGAGUGCGGCAUCUGCCUGUGCCACCCCGGGCGGCUGGGCCCGCGCUGCGAGUGCGCCGAGGGCGACUACAGCCCCAGCGAGCAGGACAACUGCAGCCCCGCCCCGGACGCCCCCGUCUGCAGCGGCCGGGGCGACUGCAUCUGCGGCCAGUGCGUCUGCCACAGCAACGACUUCGGCAAGGUGUGGGGCAAGCUGUGCGAGUGCGACGACUUCAACUGCCUGCGCUACAAAGGGGAGCUGUGUUCAGGUCACGGAGCGUGCUCCUGCGGGUUCUGCCAGUGCAACCCGGACUGGAAGGGGGACAACUGCAACUGCUCCACGCGCACCGACACCUGCAUGUCCAGCCUGGGCCUGCUGUGCAGCGGGCGGGGCCAGUGCGUCUGCGGCAGCUGCGAGUGCACCCAGCCCGGCGCCUACGGGGCCACCUGCGACAAGUGCCCCACCUGCCCCGACGCCUGCACCAUCAAGAAGGAGUGCGUGGAGUGCAAGCACUUCAAAAGGGGGAGCCUCUUCGAGAAGAACACCUGCGCUCGCAUCUGCAGGGACGAGAUCCAGCUGGUGGACGACCUGGUGUUCCACGACAAAAACGCUGUGAACUGCACCUACAAGGACGAGAAUGACUGCGUGGAGCGUUUUCAGUACUAUGAAGACGCCAGUGGCAAAUCCAUCCUAUACGUGGUGGAGGAACCAGACUGUCCCAAAGGGCCGGACAUCUUGGUGGUGCUGCUCUCGGUCGCUGGGGCCAUCCUCUUUUUGGGCCUGGCCGCGCUGCUCAUCUGGAAGCUCCUGGUCACCAUCCACGACCGCCGGGAGUUCGCCAAAUUCGAGGAGGAGCGCGCUCGCGCAAAGUGGGACACGGGUCAUAAUCCCCUGUACAAAGGAGCCACCUCCACCUUCACCAAUGUGACGUACCGCGGCAACAAGGAGUGACGUGGGCCCCACCCAGUCAGAACCAGCGAAACUCAGGGGUCGAAAACUGUGGAACCAGUGCUGGGGUUAAAGGGACGAGGGUCGGUGAAUGGGAGCCGGGGGGGGGGGGGAAGGGGCGGGGUGAAUUUGGACCAAUCCAUUUCCUAGAAGCUGUUGGAAUGUUUUGUGUUAUAUGUGUGCAGAUUGUGCUUUCACGGGAAGAAUUUCUGAAUACUGUAUGAGAUGCUAUUUUUGGUUGUAAAUAUGUAUAGAAUUUUAAAGGAUUAAAUUUAGGUCACAUGUCGGUUAUAUUAAGAAGUCUAUGCAAUCACGAGCUGCCCUUCCCCUUUUUGUACUCCACUGGGUCCUGUCCAUUUACAUAUAGCAUCUGCAUAUGACUGAUUCACCUAGAUUUGGAAGUGGGGCAGGCUCCUUUUUUGGGGGCAGUACUGCUGGUCUUAAGGAGUCCUUUGCCAGGAUAUACUGUUACUCAGAAGAUGGUCGUUUAAUGUUCUGGAUGACUAUUUAAAUUUGACCUUCAUCCUUCAAUGUGGAAUUGCUCAUUGUAAUUGUAGGCUUGACCCAUUGGCAGAGGCUGCUUAUUGCACAAAUGCUGCAAGCAGAUGGCAUGAGCUCGAUCAAGUAGCCAAGCUGCCAUUGAGCAACAAGGCAGGGGAUACCAAGCAAUACAUAUUGUAGCAUCUCUCACUGCACUAGGGACAAGUGCUUUAGUUGGACACAUUAAAUACGCUGUACUUUUGUAAUAACCCAUUGAAGUAAAAAGAAAAAGAAAUGUCAAAUAAAUUCUAGUACCAAUGGUACAAAUAUUAUCCAGAACCAGGGACGAAUCUGCACUGCUUCGCAGUGAAGAAGACACAGUGCCUUUCCCACAAUGCACCUCAGCAGGAGUGAGUGUGUCCUGAGCAGUCGCUCUGCAGUAACGGCAGCUCGUUUGACGGCUGUGUGCCCAGGAAGAGCAGCUAAACCUGGACUGUCAGCCACACUUGCAUAUGGAAAGCCAGCAACGCUGCGGGCCAGAGAUUAGUCAUCCACUGUACAUAGAGCGAAAAAUACGUUGUGUUCGCUUCCUGCAGGAAACUCCUCAGAUAAGGAAUAGCCUGUACCCUCAGCCAUGGAAGUGAGGUCUUGCAUAUGCUUUCACUGUCCCUUCCACACUUUUUGAAAUAGCAUUUUUCUUUUGAAUGAUAUUGAAAAUGUCUUAUGUGUCUUGUUUUCAGUAACUUUUAAGUGAAAUGCUUUAUAUUUAUAUUUGUAUACAUUUUCUUUUGAGUCAUGUUUAUUGAAUCUGAGUCUGUACUCCCCUCUGCUUGGGUGUUUCAGUAAUGGAGUCUUUAUGUUAUUGAUUACGUACAUAAGGAAUUGUCUUGUAAUGUCUGCUGUUCAAAUUAUAGGUCAGCAGUGGGUGUAGACACACCAUCCACCGCUAUUAUUCAGAAAGUAAUUGAGUGACUGUAUGUCACCUUUGUGAAGAUUUUUUUUUUUAAUGAGUUACAAUGAGGUAAUGACCCAUUGCUCAAAACAGAAACAUACGGGUUGUAUAUAUUUAAAUUGAUUAGCCCAGUGCACAUUGCACUCAGUUUUCAUUAUUAAACAUGAAGACGCGUUACUAAAUUCCAGAACCUACAGGUCUCGUCACAACUGCUGUGUGAAUGAUUAAAAUGUGCAUGGGUAAAGUUUUAUGAGUUACUCAAGCAUGCAGUCACAUUGGAAGUAAUGUACAACAUUCUCACAUGCUGUAACAUUGUACCAUGUUUGUCAGGCAACUUUCAUUUCACAACAACGUUUUGUAAAUUUGACAAGUCGGCUAAGUAUUUGCAUCAUCCCACCCGUACCUACAGUACUUCGGACUCAAGCAAUGUGAUUAGAUAAGCCAAAGGAGAUUGACAUUGAGAUUCAUUGUGUUCAGAGUGGACAUCUGUCACAGGAGAACAAAGAACAUCACAUAACUUUCCUUAUUUAUAUUCUGAUGCCUCUUCGCUUGCUUUUUCUGUGCUUUUAAAAACAAAUUGGAUUCUGACUGAGGGCAAGGGUGGAGUUGUUUGCACCGUCCCAUUCUUAGAAACAUGCAACUGUGGCCUGUGGGGAGGGAGGCCUUUUGUUACUAGUUUACACAUUUUAUUUUCUGUUUUGGAAUGUUUACAAUGUUACCCAAUCAGGAAUGGAUUUUAAAUAAAUGCUUGAAUUAUUAAAGUAU